AUGGCGUCCACCACCGCGGCGAAGCUGCGCGCGUGUCUGCGCUGCCACUAUGCGCAGACCACGCGUGAGUUUUACAUGAAAGGGUGCCCGAACUGCCAGGACACGCUCGAGAUGCAAGGCAGCCAGGAGAACAUUGGCGCGUUUACCACCUCGAACUACGACGGGCUGAUCUGCAUGCUGCAGCCCGAGCAGAGCUGGGUGGCCAAGUGGCAGCGUAUCGAAAAACGGAUUCCCGGGCUGUAUGCAGUCAAGGUCGUUGGGCACCUGCCCGAACGGGACGAGUAG